AUGGGCGGUAACAGCGGCAGCGACGAUGCCAAGAAGGAGCUGAAGAGCACCCGGGACGAUGACGAGAGCAACUACAAGGGCUGCAACCUCUGCAACCCGUUCCACUGGUCCCAUCGGUUUAUGUUCCUGUUUGUCACGUGCUUCCUCAGCUUCGGCAACUACUUUGUGUACGACAACCCUGCAGCCCUCCAAGAUCAGUUCAAGGAGGAUUUGAACAUCAACACGAGCCAGUUCAUGCUGACGUACAGCUUGUACUCGUGGCCAAACGUCUUCCUGUGCUUUGUAGGCGGUUUCCUCAUGGACAAGGUCCUCGGUCUUCGCUGGGGCGCCAUCCUGUUUGCAGCCUUGGUCACGGUCGGUCAGUGCGUGUCCGCCGUCGGUGCGCAAACGGGCAGCUAUCCACUGGUCCUGGCAGGCCGCUUCAUCUUCGGGCUGGGCGGCGAAAAUCUGGCUGUGGCACAGAACACGUAUGCGGUCAGCUGGUUCAAGGGCAAGGAGCUCAACAUGGUCUUCGGCCUGCAGCUGAGCUUCUCGCGCGUGGGCAGCACGGUGAACAUGAACAUCAUGAAGCCCAUCUACGACGCGUUUGGCGAGGGGGACCACGCCCUUGGCGGUGCUCUCUGGAUUGGCGGCAUCAUCUGCGUCUUCUCGCUCCUCUGCGCCCUCCUUGCCGGCUGGCUCGACAAGCGCGCUGCACGCAUCCUGAAGCGCGGGGAUGGCGAGACGGGCGAAGUCAUCCAGCUCAAGGACAUUCUCGACUUUCCCGUCAGCUUCUGGCUCAUGUGUGUCAUCUGCGUCGCGUACUACGUCGCCGUCUUCCCCUUUAUCGGCCUUGCGCUGACGUUUUACCAGCAGAAGUGGGGCCUGAUCCAGUCAACCGCAUCAACCAUCAACAGUCUUGUGUACGUCAUCUCUGCUGUUGCGUCGCCCGCAUUUGGCUACCUCGUCGACAAGACCGGCCGAAACCUCUCCUGGUGCAUUCUCGGCAUCAUCGCCACCCUGUUCUCCCACAUGCUCCUCGCGUACACGUUUGUAAAUCCGUACGCUGGCGUCAUUGUCAUGGGAUUCGCAUACAGUCUUGUUGCCUGCGCCCUGUGGCCAAUGGUUGCUUACGUCCUGCCAGAGCACCAGCUCGGCACUGCGUACGGGUUUAUGCAGGCGCUGCAGAACCUCGGCCUCGCCGUCAUCUCCAUGGUCGCCGGCAUGAUCGUCGACGACAACGGCUACUUGUGGCUUGAGAUGUUCUUCUGCGCGUGGCUGUGCCUGUCCCUCCUGUGCGGUGUCCUCCUCUUCUUCAUGGACGCCGCCGGCUCCGGAAUCCUCAACUGGAGCGCAGAGGAGCGCGCCAAGCAAGACAAGGAGGAGGAGAAACGUUCCCUGCUCACCAACGAGCCGGAGCCAACGCAGAUUCUGGCGGCGACCAACCAGCAGAUCCGCCUGCGCUACAUGUCCCGCCUCAACAUCCCCAUUCCAAAGGAGCAGUCUGUGGCCAUUCGUCACAGCGCCGGUGUUGGCGUUCUCAAGUAA